CAUCCGGCCCGAACUCACUUAAUAAAGUUUCAGGGUUUCGGUUUCCGUUUCCUGUCAGAUUCAUUUCGUGAAAUCCAAGUAAAAUUUCUCCGGAAAGAACAGCCUGUUCCGAUCUGGUUUCUGGCCAGAAUGGAUAAGGAGAAAAUUGAGGAAUUGAAAAUCCAAAUGCAUAAACGGUUGAACGAGGCCCAAGAAUUUAUUCAGCAAGUUCCACCAAUUCAGCUUUAUGCCGCAAUUGGAGUAGUCUUGUUCACCACAUUUCUCUUCACUAUUAUUCGAUUAUUUAAGCGUAAGUCAGCUAACACUGUUGUGUUAACUGGGCUUAGUGGAAGUGGAAAAACUGUUCUAUUUUACCAGCUUCGAGAUGGCUCCCCUCAUCAGGGUACUGUGACAUCAAUGGAACCAAAUGAAGGUACUUUUGUGCUACACUCCGAAACAACAAAGAAGGGGAAAGUUAAACCUGUUCAUCUUGUUGAUUUUCCUGGGCAUUCCCGUCUUCGAACCAAACUAGAUGACUUCUUGCCACAAGCAGCAGCAAUUAUUUUUGUGGUUGAUGCUGUGGAAUUUUUACCAAAUUGCCGUGCUGCUUCAGAGUUCCUAUAUGAUAUUUUGACCAAGGCAAAUGUGGUGAAGAAAAAGAUUCCACUGUUACUCCUUUGCAACAAGGUGGAUAAAAUUACUGCACAUACAAAGGAUUUUAUCAGAAAACAGCUGGAAAAGGAAAUUGAGAAGCUUCGCGCAUCAAGAACUGCACUAUCUUCAGCAGACAUUGCUAAUGAAUAUACUCUCGGGAUACCUGGAGAAGCCUUUGCAUUUUCUCAGUGCCAUAACAAAGUGACAAUUGCAGAAGCAUCUGGUUUGACUGGCGAUAUAUCUCAGUUAGAGCAAUUUAUCAGGGAACAUGUAAAGCCUUGAUAUUAUAUGCAGGACUUCAGGAAGAUCUGAUUAGUUUGAUUGUGAGAUGCUAAUAUUGCAUUUAUCAAAUUGCCGACCUCAUGGAAUGCACUUACAUGUUUUGUAAGGAAGGUAUUGUACUGCGUAUGAAAGAUGUACUGUGUGCGGUAAAUGAAUUGGGAACAGAAAACUAGAGGCUCUUUUUGGAUGUAUUUUAACAUCUUCAACAUUAAUUGAUAGAAAAUAAUCUCUUAUGGUUGAACGAAA